AUGGAUACUAUGUUAUUGAUAAUUGCUACAAUAUAUUUGGCUUGCACAUUUGAGUCCACCUUAGUAUGGGCAUUUUUUAUAAUAGAUCUCUUUUUUAAAUAGUUGUGAAUUAAUCUAUCUAUCAUGUUUUAGAAAAACCCAUACUAUUAAUUACAAUAAAUAAGGUUGAUAUAUUUAAAUAUAUAUAGGUUUUCUUCUAGAAGCUGUAGGAAAUAUUAUAUUUUUGAUAGACACAGCCUCUAAAUAUUCAGAAUAUGUUGAAGCUUCAGGAAUAUUGACAGCUAUUUUAUAUUUAAUUAUUGCUGGAUAAUUUAUUGUAGUAAUUUGUUCAUUUGGAUAUUAUUACUUUGAUAGAAAAGAAUUUAAAUGGUCUUAUGAUUGGACUAAAGGAAUUUUAAGAUUUCUUUAUGGUGCAAAUGUUGGAUUAUUUUUUUGGAUUUUUAACCGGUUUAGCAGCAGUUUGCUGCAUCAUCUAUUAGAUGUCGGAAAAAGUUGA